GCAUGCCCAAUAGUGAUUCGUCCGGUGGUAUAUACUCCCCUCUUCCACAGACGACACUGACCGAUUCGGAGAGUGAAGAAGAGCUACUGCGACGCACCACGGUAACUGUCCGCCGGAUAUCGGAACGCACGUUUGGCGGUGGUGGGAGCGGUGCUGUGGUAACAGCGAUCAUGAUGAACGGCAUGAAGGGACGACCGGUGGCGGAACUGCGGCCAGCAGCAGGAACGGAAAAUGGCGGUGCUGCCCUGUACAAUGGUGGCUAUCCGCCGAGUCCGAGCGAUGUGGAGGAUGCGAGUGGCGUAUUUCAUGCGGACAAUGUGGCCAUUUUGCAUGAGGCCGGAUCGAUACCGGACCACAAAAUGUCCUUCCCGCGCAAGUGUUGCUUUGUGGCAUCGUUGGUCGUGUGCUUUCUGGCGGUGGUGAUAUUCCUUUGGAUUAUUCCGUGUUCCGACGAGCUGUCUUGUCCGGCACGUGCGGAAAGAGUGAAAACGCAAAAUUGGAUACGAAACUAUGAGAAAAUUGAACUGAAAGGUGUGAUAAAUGUGGUUGAAGGAGUGCACGGUAAGAGCAAGAAUCUGGUCUUCAUGUACCGUGGUGACAAGCUGUUUCCCGAGUUUGAUGAAUCCUACCGAAGGCGGAAUGGGAUCAUCUCUUUGGUCGGUAGCUCGGGCAAGGUCGCUUGGUACGAUCAAAUGAUCAACGAGCCGAAGAGUAUCGAUUGCACGUUGCUGGAUGCGGACCGUAGUGGAGCGCCCGAUUGUUUGGUGCUUGAUGAAUUUGGUCAGCUUGAAUGUAUCGAUCCACUGUCCGGAGAGUGGCUGUGGCACGCCGAAGGAUACAACAAGCGUAGUAACAGUGGAAAGCAGAACGAUAUGCUAGACUUCCCACUCCUCAUACCGGACGUCGAUGGGGACGGUGUGUACGAUCUGCUGUUUGUGACGAGUUCCAGCGAAACUAAGCACAAUCGUCUGGUGAUGAUAUCUGGUCGUAAAGGCAUCACGAUCGGUGAUUCUUACGCCGUUAAGGAGUGUCUCUACGUCCACAAGCUCAUGCUGGAUGAGGAGCUAAAUGUAAAGUUUAACUGCGUGAAGGAAAAGUCUGAACAGCAGAAAGCAAAGUCACUACCGGAGCUGUACAAGCUUAUCCACCGGAAGGCACUGGAUAUGCGUGUGGUUCGCCGAAUGCCAACCGAUCUGCCCCAGCACAAGUUUUUCGGCCAAAGACGCAACACGGAGAAACAGCGUACGAUAACGAACGUCGGUGGUAAGCAGCUGGUGGUAGAGAAUCGGGGUAAAUGUCCCGAAAACUGUUCUACCUCGGUACUGCUGACGGAGGAGUCCACCGGGGAACUGUUGUGGAAUGUGUCGGGACGUCAGCUGUACGGUAUGCAGCCGGUACGGUUAACUUUCUCUAACUUUGGCGCGGACAAUCGAUCCACCAUGUACGGGUUUGUGAUCAAGUUCUGGGAAUGGAGUCAACGCGAUCCAGACAAUCGUAGUUCGCGCUUCAAACGCUCCCUCCUGUUCGGUGGGCGCGAUGAUGAUAGCAAGCAACGGUUCAUCCACCAACAACCCUGGAUAGGACCGCCAGGAUUGGACGCCAUCUCGAAAACAUCCUCGUCCGCACGUGGACAGAAUCAAUCAUCCUCCUCGUCCUUCUCGCGUCCAUCCGGCGUGUUCAGGACGCGUAUGCGCUUCCUCAAGGAAACGAUCAAGCUGAUCGUGUUCAACUCGAGCUACAUCAAGAUCGAAAACACGAGCCAAAGCAAUGUGAUCCAGUUCUGUCGCGAAACGAUCAACGGCGAUCCGACCGAGGUGCUCUGUCAGCCCGAUCUGAACUAUCAGGAAAAUUCGCUACUAAUUGCCGACCUGGACGACGAUGGUUCACAGGAACUAGUGUCCUACUAUUCCACCUUCGUCAAGACGGCAACCAGCGAUGCGGACGGCAUGGGAGCGGGAGUGGGUGUUGGUCCCGGGGCUACCAUGAAGCUUAAAACGUACGUCCAACUAUUGCGACUGGAAUCGGAGCUGCCAAAACUGUACACUCCUGUCGCGGGACAGGAGAUUUCGGAGGGCGCUAAGCAUCGUUAA